AUGGCAAAGCAUCAUAACUUCAAAUCGUUCAAGGAGCGUGUCAACGCCCUCAAGAUUCGUCCGUAUUCCAAGCUUGGAGUGAGAAACUAUGAAGAUACUACCACUUCAUUUUACUUGGAGACCCUUGCCCACUGGAAGGAGGUCAACAUAAGCGGUAACUUCACUUCUUGUGUUGAAAGCAUCGAGCCAUUUAGUCGAUCCUUAGCCCAAGUGUUACAUCACAAGAACCAGCUUUAUGAUAUAUUAGAAUCGCAUAUUUCUCAGCAUGAUAUCCACUCACUUCAACCUUUAUUGGAAAUUUUGACUCAAUUCAUUCAUGACUUAGGUCCUGAAUUUUUAACAUUUUACAAGAGAUUCAUUCAUUUAUUGAUGGGUUUAUGUCUUUCAGUGUCUCCAAACGAUUCUCAAAGUAUGAAAAACUCCGCCAAUGUUCUCGAAUGGUGCUUCAACUCGUUAGCAUUUGCGUUUAGAUAUCUCUCUCCUGAUAUCAGUGAAGACUUGUGGAACUCAUUCGAGGAUCUCAUACCUCUUUUGAAAGAACAAAAGAAAGCAUACAUAGGUCGCUUUUGUGCAGAGGCAAUGUCACACUUGAUAAAAAAACUGUCGAAGGAGGCCUACCUAGACUUUGUCGAUCGUUGUUUCACUUUGAUCUCAGAAACUGACCUAAGCUUAGAGUUUCUAGAGAAUAUAGCUGUCAUAUUCACAGAGGCAAUCAAAGUUGCAAAUGCUAGUCUACAUUCAAAGACGUUGAUGAUUUUGAAGCCCUUACUAGACAAAGCUAUGCGCUCGUGUAAGGAGAAUGAUAUUGGCUUUCUACACCUUACUGCGCGAGUUUUAAUGUCUACACUUCAUCAUGCUAAAAAUGAUCAAGCUUGCAGCAUGAGUCGAAAAAUUUUGAUUGAGCUCAACUCAUACCUUCCCGAGAUGAGCGGACUGCGUCAGCUACACUCAUUAUUGGUUUUAUACCUGGCCAUUGUUUUCACGGAUAACGGACGCAAAGUGUCGUUAGAUCAAGAUUUUGCUCAAUUUGUGAAAGCCAUUGGCCUAAAAUAUGCAGAAAAUGACGAGCCGGAGGCGCAAUUCGCUACUUGCUCGACCAUGCUUGUCUUACUUUGGGCUUUGCUUGUGAGAAAUCUGGAAGCGAACACAGCUGCGAUGAUGCUACUGCAGCUUUGGGAUACUUUACCAUCAACAUUUAGCGUCUUGCAAUUGAGCAUUUUAGAUAUUGUCAAAGACUUGAAAUAUGUGCCACCUCUAUCACUUGAGAUUGACAGACGCUUUCAACAAGUCAUCAACGGUCUUGACCUGGAAUCGGGUCUUCAACAAUUAUCACUCAUCAUAGAAAGGAACGAGGUCGAUGAAUCGCAUGAUCUUUUGAGAUUUACUUUGCCUAUCACUUUGAAAGAUAAUAUCCUCGAUCUGAUAGCGGCUGCGGUCAAAGACGAGGGAUCUGAGCUUGAGGAUCUCAAAUGGAGAUGUAACAUUUUAAAUCUUCAAAGUCUGAAGUCUGCUGACGAUCAAACAAUUGCUUUGAAAUUAAUCAAAUCAAUUAAUCAACGCUGGAAUACGUCAGAUACCUCUGAGUUAUACGGUCAGCUUAUAUCUUUAUUUGUGAACUGUCCAGAAGGCGACCACACCAUUCCUUUGGCGAAAGACCUCGCAGACAUGUUGCCUAGUCUUAUCAACAUCAUAUGUCCAGAGCACGAAGAUAUUUGGUCUCAAAUGAUGUCAAUUGAUCAGAUUGCUCUAGUAGUUGAAAAUGCCAAUUUAAUGAGAUUAAGGAUUCUGGAGCUCUUCAAGGUAUUUUCAAUGCAUUUGGGUAAGAGUCUGAUACAAAUAGGCAUGGCCCAUUUCAUAAUGGGGCUUUUGUGCAAGCAGUAUCAACCUUGCUGGGAAGCCGUUUUUGACACUGCAAGAUCGAUGGUGGACCCUGCUUUAGAUGAUUUGCUCAGUCGACUCCUCUAUGGUCAGCUUUUAGCAAAACCCAGUUUUGAACGAAACCCAAAGUUUGUUGAAGAAGAGGCCAAUCAAGGUUCCGACUUUUGGAUUCUUGAAAGUGAUGAAGGCAUUUUCAAAGGUCUUUACAAAAAGGUGAAUGAUCGUGUUUUUCACUCUACAAAGGAGCUCGUUGCGAAGACCAGAAAAAUAGGAGCUCUCGAAAAAGGACCAGAUCAGAUCACAUCUCAAAUGAGAAACCGGCUUUUAAAAUGUCUUAAGGAAGUUCCUAGAAUUGCAUUGGCGGAUGUGGACAAAGCUCUCAAAUUGAUUCAUUGUGUCGUCGAUGACGAUAUUGAAAAUUGUUGGUCUAUGGAAGAGAAGGUUACAGCUCUCGAAUUGGUGAGCUCUAUAAAGAGUCGAAUCUCUCGUUGCCUGCGAAUUACCUUGUCAUCAAUUCUUAGAGAGGCCAUAGGUUCAAAGCAUUCAAAGUUGCAAGAAGCAGCAUUGAAAGCUUAUUUGGCUCUUGACACCUCUCUUCUUCCUUAUCGUGAUGAACUCAUCAAUUUGCUUGAUGAUAAGUUGUUCAAAGACGAAGUUUUGAGCUUGUUAGGAGAAACAUCUGAAGAAAAAGUCAAGGAAGAAGACGAAAAAACUGUCAUCCCAUUGAUACUUCAAAUAUUUUUUGGAAAAAUGCAGACAUCUUCGAAAAAAUCCAAAAAGUUCGGAGCAAGGUUCACUAUUGCAUCAAUUCUCCCAAAUUUGAAACCCCAAUAUAUGACACAUUUCGUCAGACACAUGAGCAGCAAGAUACCAUUUCAGGCGUAUUUUGCGGCUGCUGGCUCAUCGGAAGACUGUUUCGAUAAUAUCAAAAUAAUGACCGGUUUUGUGAAUAUGCUCAGUGAAGUUUACGAUGCCUUGGGAUACAAGUAUUACGAGGUUCUUAAGGAAACUAUACAACCACUUGCUUACGUUCUCAUUUGUGUCCAAAAAAUUGCGGAUUCAGAAGCUGAGGGAACUUCUUCUCCCCUCAAAUCUUUGCGACAAACUUCGUUCAAAUGUCUUAAUACAUUUGAUAAGCUAGUAGGGUCCCAGUAUGACUGGUCGAUGGUGAUGCCAGCUUUAUUUGAACAUGUUCUUCAGCCGCGAUUGAUAAAUUUUCAAGCUGAAAACAAUCAGCUGGUCUCGUCAUUGUUGGAAUUUACUCUCAAUCGAGUGAAUCACGAAUUUUUUAUGAGCUUCUACAGUUUGGAUGACUGGAUGCCUCUCAAAGCCAUCACUUCUCUCAUGGCAAACGAGCAUUGCAAAGAUGAAGUCAUCAUAAGCUUAAUGGAUUUCUUUAUAUCUGCUUUGACGAAGCAGGAAGACAGAGAAGAUUUGAAAUACAUCGAAUUUCUUGCUAUGCUUGUGGAUUCCUUACUCAGCAACCUUCCUCGGAUUCUAGAGAGUUCCAAGAAUAGAGAUGUAUUGUCCAGAUGUGCCACGCUCCUAUUACUUUUGGUUGAGGGUCAAUUUUUGAGUCAAGAGUUCGACAAGAGGAUGUUCUUACACGCAUCUUGUAAGGCUUUGCAAAAAUCAUCUUUCUUCGUACGUUCUGAGGACAAAGUCAGCCUUUUGAUAUCCAUAGCGCUGAUGAUGGAGUCGAUGGAAUGUGAUGAAAAGGUUGAAUAUGAGCUUACUAUUAUGAGCUCCAAGAUGCUUCGAUUCUCGAAAGAUUUAAGAAUUCGCAAAAGUAUCACUAAAGUUUUUGAUGCGUACUCUGUACGAAGACCAGACUUCAGAAAAACGGUUGAGAUCCUUGAUCAUCUUAAUGCAUCACAGUCAAAUUCUGGUGACUACGAUUUUUCUAGAAUACUAGAUGGAUUUGACCUCAUAGACGAGACAUUUUUCAUGCAUUCUGGCAUGAUGGGAUGGAAGUUGGCUCUCUCUUCCUGCCUAUUUUUUAUGGACAACGAGGAUGAGAGUAUUCUAAGAUCGAAUGCUACUCAUGCAAUCAAAAAGUUUGCAGAAUUUCAUUCAAGAGCAGAAACGGAUGCUAAGAAGACUGCAUUCCGAGAAGUCUUCGAUGAAUUGAUCAAUCCGGCGAUCUGUCACGGGUUGCUGAAUCUGAUUGAUGAUGUAAGAAGCUCUUACAUUGAAGUUCUCGCUGACUUGGCUCGUUAUAAGGAUUUGUUACCACAAUUACAAAACCUAGGCUGCUUAUUAUCGGAUGAUGAUUCAGAAGAUUUCUUUUUAAACGUGAGACACAUUCAGGUGACAGCACGGCAGAAAGCCAUUCGUGAACUUGCUGCAAAAAGAGACUCGUUGACAGAAUUCACCGCAAGACAUUACCUUUUACCUUUACUCGAAAACUAUUUGUUUUGCAAGGAAGAAAAGACCCGGAACUUAUGUGAUGAUGCGCAAGGGUCAUUUGCUGCCUUGUCAUGCGUUUUGCCAUGGUCCGUAUAUGUUUGGUAUCUCAAGAAGUAUAUCACGAUUGCUUCAGCUCAAUCAGAUCAGAUGAGAGACGCAAUAAAAGUGGUCAUUCACCUCAUCAACAAUAUGAGUGUCAUUCGCAAAGAACACUUGCAGAUCGGGUCCAAAUUUUUGCAGGGGCUUCCUCAAGACGAUGAAGUAUUCAACAACUUUAUUGUUAAUCUGGUCGUGCAACCUAUCAGAAAAACUCUUUCGAUUCGAAAUGACUCAACGAUAUGCACGAGGCUUCCGCUUCUCGAGGCUUGUGUGGUUGCUCUCCUCAUGACACCAUCGCAAGUUGUACUGAGUGAACUUCCAAGCAUACUCAUCAGUACCUGUCAGGUGCUAAGAUCAAAAUCGCAAGAGUUGAGGGACCACGCCAGAAAAGCGCUUUGCAAGGCUUCAAAUCACUUGGGUGCAUCAUACUUACGAUAUCUCCUUCGCGAGCUUCGUGGAGCACUUUCUCGUGGUUCUCAAAUACAUGUGCUUAGUUACACGUUGAAUUGCAUAUUGCGAGAGGUUUCCAGCUCUGCCCAUUACGGGGACAUUGAUGAAAGUGCUCGAAUUAUCGUGGAGAUUGUCAUGGAGGAUAUAUUUGGGGCGGCUGGAAAGGAGAAAGAUGCUGAAGGCUAUCACAGUAAAAUGAUAGAAGUCAAAGCAAAGAAAAGUUUUGAUACGAUCGAGCUUUUAUGUUCCAAAUUGAGUUUUGACGCAUUCGAUAGUUUUCUUGACCCUAUGAAGGUGCUUCUUGAUCAAGCAUUACCAAGCAAGACCGAACGAGCAAUUGAGGAGUGUUUCAGGCGAAUUUGCCUAGGAAUCCUCGCGAGUGAGCGAGCAGAUUCAACUGACGCAUUGUUGUUAUGCUACAAAAUCCACAAAUCAUCACUGGAUGUCAAGGGUGCAAAGCAAUGCAAGACGCCAAAGCGCGACGAAUCACAUUUUUUGGUAGAUACCAAUUCUAAGUUGAGGAUGGACAAUGCAAAUGAGUUCCAGCGUUCUCAAUAUUUGCAAAGACUAUCUUUUGAGAUCUUGAAAUCUGUUAUUGGUAAACACCGUCAUCUUCUUAAUGUUACAAACAUUGAUGGCUUCAUUCCGCUCCUUUCAACAAGUUUGAACUCAUCCAACGAGCCAUUGGUUGCGACUGUCUUGCGUGUGGUUGUACUUCUUGUUAAGUUAGAUUUUCCUCCAAGUCGUGACGAUGUGUUUGAAGGAAUCUGUGAAAGAGCGAUCGAUAUUGUGCUUGAAAGCCAGUCUACCGGAGAGGAAUUAAGCCAGCUUUCUCUCAAAUACAUUGCCACAAUUAUAAAACAUUGGAAAAGCGAAUGCUGUUCCAAAGAAGCAAUCCGUGCGCUUCUUCUCAAGAUUACACCAGAUCUUGAAGAUCCCGAAAAGCAAAGCUCUGCGUUUAACUUUGUGAAGGCAGUGAUAACGAGAAGAAUACAGAUUCCAGAAGUCUACGACAUCAUGGAUAAAAUUUUGCGCAUCAUGGUCGUCAAUCACUUUCAAGAGAUUCGUGACAUUGCAAGGGGUUUGUAUCUCAAGUUCAUGCUUUUGUACGAUCAAGGCCAAAAGCGAAUGGAGGCGUCUUUCAAGUUUUUGAUGGACAAUUUGAAGUAUCCCACACCUAGUGGGAGACAGUCAGUGAUGGAGUUGAUGCAUUCAAUCCUUCUCAAAUCGAACACUUCGAUAGUUGACAAAAAUGCAUCCAGUUUUUUCGUUGGUUUAGCUAAUCUCAUGGUUUCAGAUGAACAGGAGAAAUGUCGGGAGAUGGCAACCAUUUUGUUAGGUCAAUUACUCGAGAAGGCUAGCCUUGGCAAGUUGAAAGUUUUCGAACACUUGAUAGAUACCUGGUUACACAACCAGGACAAGAAUGUUCUACGCAGAUGUGGACUCCUAUCUUAUAAAUGUUAUAUCUCCAAAUUUGGCACGGAGAGAAAUGAAGUUUUGAACUCGUCUGCAACAGAAGUGAUCGAGUUAUUUUUGCUGUUUGCACAAACGCUGAACUCAUCAGAGGGGCGUUGGGAAGAUAUUUUCUCAGCACUUAAUGUUCUGAGUCACAUCAUCGGCAUCGCGGGAAGGAGUUACUGGGAAAAGAAGACAAAAUUCUGGGACCUAGUUUGUCAAUGUUUGCUCUACCCGCAUUCCUGGAUCAGGCUUCUUAGUUCCAAACUUCUUGCGACUUACGUGGAGUGGGCAACAGAUUCUAUAUCAGAUAAGCAAAAUGAGUUUUUACAGCUUAUUUCGAAUCGUUCUUUAAGACAACUUGCAGCGCCUGGUCUUCCUGACUCGCUAGGGAAAGCUUCUGUUCAUAACAUUUUGAAAAUAUUCAAUUAUUUCGAAGACAAUGACGUUUUAUACAUUUCGGAUACUCGCAUGACAGACGGGAAUGACAGGAAAAAGUUCGAGCAUAAGUUAGCUGCUGAUAUGAUAUCUGAUCGAACCAAUCACUUACUUCGCAGAUGUGUAUCGAGUGAUUUUGGAUUGAGCUCAAGAAAAAUAAUUUUAUCGUUAACUACAACGCUUAUUGGAAAGUUGACCGGAGAAAGACUUCAAAUUUUUGUUCAACAAGUUGUGACAACGUUAUUGGGAGUCGAUGAGAAUUUGUUCGCUGAGGAUACCACGUUUCAAGAAUAUUCCCGGGAGUGCUUCAGGAUUGCAGAACAAAAUCUUGGUACAAAAUCGUACAGUAAAGUUUUCGCUGCAGCAAAAGCUGAUAUUUCUACCCGCCGGGCGAAGCGUAAGGCUGAGAGGGCACAACUCAUGUUGGAUAAUCCUACUAAAGCAUCAGAGAAGAAGAUGAAGAAACAUGCCAGAUUCAGAGAAAAGAGGAAAGAUAAUAAGGAUGAGAAUGGAUUUUACAAGCCAAAAAGGAGAAAGGUUUAA